AUGGAAACAAAUAGGAGGAACAGGACUAAAGUUGCAAUUUUGAUCAUGAUUACUUUGGGUUUUAUGCAGAUGGCAAAAGUUGAGUCACAGCUCGCGUGUGCUUUGAAAUGUGCCGUAGAUUGUGUAACUUCAAAUGUUUAUCCGUUGUGCUUUCUUGGUUGUGUUGCAAAAUGUAUUCCUCACAUGUCCACCGAUGCCUACAAUUGUGCUAAGACUUGCGGCGUCAACAAGUCCAUCACCAUCAAAAUUGAUGAUCGUGGUGUUGUGGCUGGUGUAGUAGAUUCUUGUUUGCAAAAGUGUCUGAGAAUGUAA